GGCGCCUCACUCCUGGAUUCCCCCCGCACUGCUGGGCAGCCAUGGACCUCGCGGCCACCGCGGAGCCGAGCGCCGGCAGCCAGCACCCGGAAGUCCGCGACGAGGUCGCCGAAAAGUGCCAGAAGCUGUUCCUGGACUUCUUGGAGGAGUUUCAGAACAGCGAUGGAGAAAUUAAGUAUUUACAGUUAGCAGAGGAGCUGAUUCGUCCUGAGAGAAAUACACUGGUUGUGAGUUUUAUGGACCUGGAGCAGUUUAACCAACAACUUUCCACCACUGUUCAAGAGGAAUUCUAUAGAGUUUAUCCUUACCUUUGUCGGGCAUUGAAAAACUUUGUCAAAGACCGUAAGGAGAUCCCUCUUGCCAAAGAUUUUUAUGUUGCAUUCCAAGACCUACCCACCAGACACAAAAUUCGAGAACUCACCUCCUCCAGAAUUGGAUUGCUCACUCGCAUCAGUGGGCAGGUGGUACGGACUCACCCAGUUCACCCGGAGCUCGUGAGCGGAACGUUCCUGUGCUUGGACUGCCAGACUGUGAUCAAGGAUGUAGAGCAGCAGUUCAAGUACACGCAGCCGAGCAUCUGCCGAAACCCAGUGUGUGCUAACAGAAAGAGAUUCCUGCUAGAUACAAAUAAGUCAAGAUUUGUUGAUUUUCAAAAGGUUCGAAUUCAAGAGACUCAAGCAGAGCUUCCUCGAGGGAGUAUCCCCCGCAGUUUGGAAGUGAUUAUGAGGGCUGAAGCAGUGGAAUCAGCACAAGCUGGUGACAAGUGUGACUUUAUAGGGACGCUGAUUGUUGUGCCCGAUGUCGCUAAGCUUAGUACCCCAGGAGCACGUGCAGAAACUAAUUCCCGUGUCAGUGGUGUUGAUGGGUACGAGACAGAAGGUGUUAGAGGACUUCGGGCCCUUGGCGUUCGGGACCUUUCUUACAGACUGGUAUUCCUUGCUUGCUGUGUGGCACCAACCAACCCAAGGUUUGGAGGAAAAGAGCUCAGAGAUGAGGAACAAACAGCUGAGAGUAUUAAGAACCAAAUGACUGUGAAGGAGUGGGAAAAAGUGUUUGAAAUGAGUCAAGAUAAAAAUUUAUACCACAAUCUUUGUACCAGCUUGUUCCCUACAAUACAUGGCAAUGAUGAAGUAAAACGGGGUGUUCUGCUUAUGCUUUUCGGUGGUGUUCCAAAGACAACGGGGGAAGGAACCUCUCUUCGAGGUGACAUAAAUGUUUGUAUUGUUGGUGACCCAAGUACUGCCAAGAGUCAGUUCCUCAAGCAUGUGGAGGAGUUCAGCCCUAGAGCUGUCUACACCAGUGGCAAAGCAUCCAGUGCUGCUGGUUUGACAGCAGCUGUUGUGAGAGACGAGGAAUCUCAUGAGUUUGUCAUUGAAGCUGGAGCUUUGAUGCUGGCUGAUAAUGGUGUGUGUUGCAUAGACGAGUUUGAUAAAAUGGACGUGCGGGAUCAGGUUGCUAUUCAUGAAGCCAUGGAACAGCAGACAAUCUCCAUCACUAAAGCAGGAGUGAAGGCUACCCUGAAUGCCAGAACAUCUAUUUUGGCAGCAGCGAAUCCAGUCAGUGGACACUAUGACAGAUCAAAAUCACUGAAACAGAAUAUAAAUCUGUCAGCUCCCAUUAUGUCCCGAUUUGAUCUCUUCUUUAUACUUGUGGAUGAAUGUAACGAGGUUACAGAUUAUGCUAUUGCCAGGCGUAUAGUAGACCUGCAUUCAAGGAUCGAGGAUUCCAUUGAUCGUGUCUAUUCUCUGGAUGAUAUCAGGAGGUAUCUUCUUUUUGCAAGACAGUUUAAACCUAAGAUUUCUAAAGAGUCUGAGGACUUCAUUGUGGAGCAGUAUAAACGUCUCCGCCAGAGGGAUGGUUCUGGUGUGACCAAGUCCUCGUGGCGGAUCACCGUAAGGCAGCUUGAGAGCAUGAUUCGUCUCUCUGAAGCCAUGGCUCGGAUGCACUGCUGUGACGAGGUCCAACCUAAACAUGUGAAGGAAGCCUUCAGGCUACUGAAUAAAUCCAUCAUCCGUGUGGAAACACCAGAUGUCAAUCUCGAUCAGGAAGAAGAAGCCCAGAUGGAAGUAGAUGAAGGCCCAGAUGGAGUCAAUGGUCAUGCUGAAAGCCCUCCUCCUGUAAAUGGAAUCAAUGGCCACAGUGAAGACGUUAAUGCAGAUUCUGUUCCGAAGGCUUCCUUGAAGCUGGGCUUUGCUGAAUACUGCCGGAUCUCUAACCUUAUCGUGCUUCACCUCAGGAAAAUGGAAGAAGAAGACGAUGACUGCGCUUUAAAGAGGAGUGAGCUCGUUAAUUGGUACUUGAAGGAAAUUGAGUCAGAAAUAGAUUCUGAAGAGGAGCUUAUAAAUAAAAAGAGAAUCAUAGAGAAGGUCAUCCAUCGACUCAUCCACUACGAUCAUGUUCUGAUUGAGCUCACCCAGGCGGGACUGAGAGGCUCCUCAGAAGGCAGUGAAAGCUAUGAAGAAGAUCCCUUCUUGGUGGUCAACCCUAAUUACUUGCUCGAAGAUUGAACUCAUCAAAGUAAUUACCUGAGUAGAGAACCAUUAGCCUUCUACCGCCUGACCUGGAGCAGGGAACCUGAUUGGAGAGCUCUAAGAGGAAGAAAUGUUUCUAGGAGCAUUGUUUCAGGAAGAUUCAUGAGAAACAAGGACCACCUUGAGGGCCUUCAAGUGUAUCAGAUUUCUGUCACAUGCUUUUAUACUGACACAGAUUCUAACCCUGUUCCUGUGCUUCUUGUUUAAGUGGAGUUGACACCCAGUAACAUGUGGAACCCAGUGACAUGUAACUAAGAACUUUGUUCUGUGUAUAGGAAAAGACUUGUUACUCUAAUGGUAUGUGCUUAUCUUAUUGAGGAAAUAACUUCCGUCAGUUGCCUGCUACUGCA